AUAUUGGGUUGGAGAUUUGCGGCGAUGGCGACUCGGCUCUACAACGGGACGAAUUUAAACUGGCCUCGGAUAUGACUAAUGUUUAUUCAUUUAAGGCUAAUUUAUCGCAAUUUUUGUGCACGGAUUAUCGACCGAAUCGUUGGCUUUUAGAUUCUCAUUCCUUCCCUGUCGAUGAUUCUAACUCAGCUUAUGGAGACAUGCCCUUUCAAGUCAGGAUAUUUGCUCUUACCGCUGCAUCUAAUUACAUGCCCUUGCUCUAACCGGUACUACCACAACAGGAUCAUCAGGAUAACACCCCCUCUCCAGCUUCUUGUGAUUGGCAGAGUUUUGGCUCCAGUGAGGAAGACCUGUGUUCCUUAUCCAGUGACCCACACUCCUUCACUGGGGCCAUGGAGGAGGAGGAGGGGCAGCAGAGCUUGGAGUGCAUCCAGGCCAAUCAGAUCUUCCCCAAGAAGUCCCCAGUUCUGGAGGAGGAAGACCUACAGGUGCCCUACUCCGAGCUGCACGGGGAGUCCACGCUGUACGUGGGCAGAGCCGAGGACGCCGUCAUCUCCCUGUCCACCUACCGGCUCCACAUCAAGUUCAAAGAGUCCGUCGUCAAUAAUUGUUGUUGUGAGGUGUCAGUUCCCCUGCAGCUCAUCGAGAGCGCAGAAUGCCGCGACAUGUUCCAGCUCCACGUCACCUGCAAGGACUGUAAAGUCGUCAGGUGCCAGUUCUCCACGUUCGAGCAGUGCCAGGAGUGGCUGAAGCGCCUGGCGUUGGUGGUGCGCCCCCCCUCCCGCCUGGAGGACCUGUUCUCCUUCGCCUUCCACGCCUGGUGUGUGGACGUGUACGCCGGGGAGAAGGAGCAGCACGGGGAACAGUGCCGACCAGGGGAGCAUGUGACCUCCUGGUUCAAGAACGAGGUGGAGAGGAUGGGCUUCGACACUCACAACGCCUGGAGGAUAUCUGACAUCAACAGCAAGUUCAGGCUGUGUGCCAGCUACCCUCAGCAGCUCCUGGUGCCUGCCUGGAUCACUGACAAGGAGCUGGAGAACGUGGCAGCCUUCCGCUCCUGGAAGAGAUUCCCUGCUGUGGUGUACAGGCACCAGAGCACAGGGGCUGUGAUCGCCCGCUGUGGCCAGCCGGAGGUCAGCUGGUGGGGCUGGAGGAACGCAGACGACGAGCACCUGGUCCAGUCCAUCGCCAAGGCCUGCGCCGUGACGCCGGCCACGGUGGAGGGCGGCGGCGCCCGCAAACACCUGACCAACGGCUCCUACACCAACGGCACGGACCUGGGCGACACGGACUUCGAGUCCUCCAUGACCAACAGCUCGGAGGUGGAGACAUUGGCUAUCCAGCCCCACAAGCUGCUCAUCCUGGACGCCCGCUCCUACGCCGCCGCGGUGGCCAACCGGGCCAAGGGCGGGGGUUGUGAGUGCCCAGAGUACUACCCCAACUGUGAGGUGGUGUUCAUGGGCAUGGCCAACAUCCACUCCAUACGCAAGAGCUUCCAGUCUCUGCGCUUUCUCUGCACCCAGAUGCCUGACCCAGCCAACUGGCUGUCGGCUCUGGAGAGCACCAAGUGGCUGCAGCACCUGUCCUUGCUGCUGAAGGCCGCCCUGCUGGUGGUAAACGCUGUAGACCGCGACCGCCGGCCCGUCCUGGUCCACUGCUCCGACGGCUGGGACCGCACGCCCCAGAUCGCCGCCCUGUCCAAGCUGCUGCUGGAUCCCUACUACCGCACCAUCGAGGGCUUCCAGGUGCUGGUGGAGACCGAGUGGCUGGAUUUUGGUCACAAGUUUGCAGACCGCUGUGGUCACGGGGACAACUCGGAGGACUUGAACGAGCGCUGCCCGGUCUUCUUGCAGUGGCUGGACUGUGUGCACCAGCUGCAGAGGCAGUUCCCAUGCUCUUUUGAGUUUAACGAGGCCUUUCUGGUAAAACUGGUGCAGCACUCCUACUCCUGUCUGUUCGGCACGUUCCUGUGCAACAGUGGGAAGGAGAGAGAGGACCGCCAUGUUCGGGAGAGGACCUGCUCCGUGUGGUCUCUGCUGCGACCAGCCUACCGCGCCUUGAGGAACAUGCUCUACUCCUCCCACUCCGAAACCGUGCUCCACCCAGUUUGCCACGUGCGUAACCUGAUGCUGUGGACCGCGGUCUACCUGCCUAGCUCCUCCCCCACCACCCCCUCGGACGACUCGUGCGCGCCCUACCCCGUGCCAGGUGCCAACCCCGAGGAUGCACCUCUGGGCAGACGUCCGAAAACCCGCUCGUUUGAUAACCUUCCCAGCGCGUGUGAGUUGGGAUCCAGCCCGGCCCCGAACCGGCGCUCCAGUGACCCGAGCCUGAACGAGAAGUGGCAGGACCACCGGCGCUCCCUGGAGGUCAACAUGGCUGUGGGGCCCGAGGGGACCCAGGAGCAGGAGGGUCGGGCCUGCAGCCAGCCCGGCGCGGGGCCUCCGGCGGGGGAGCCGGUCGCCCCGGAGGAGGAAGGCCCACCAGGGCCGCAGACGGAGCCGAAGCAGGGGGCGGAGCCUGCGGCCGCAGAGUCUGCCGAGGAGGCGGAGCUGUCCGUGGCGGGGGGAGUGGCCGAGGGUCAGAUGGUGAACAUCCUCCACGAGGCCACCAAGGAGGAGGCCAGCGCCGCCCUAGCCCAGGCUGCUAGCGUCGCUAUUGGAGGAGAGAAGGAGAAGGAGGCUAACGCCAAUGUUAUUGAGACUGAUAAAUAUGCUAAAGUCAAUGGUGUUGAGGCUCCACCAGCAGAGCCUCUCAGUAAUGGUCACCAUCCACAGAAUGGCACGUCCUCCCCAGGGGAGCCCCCCGUGCCCCCGGCCAGUCCUCCCCAGCCCCCUGCAUGCCCAGAAGAGAAGGAGGAGGCCGCUGCGGAGGCCCAGGAGCCAGUGGAGCAGGUCCUGGAGAACCGCACCGACCCAGAGGAGACCGACGACAGCCCCAGUCCGCCCAGCACAGCCCAGCCAGCCCCCGACACCCACAGGACUAUGACCAAUGGCUUUGGAGAGAGGACACCCGAGGAACCAGAGGCGGGAGAGAACCCUUGCACAGACCCCGACUCCAGCACCGCCCUCCCAGAGCCCCUGGAGCCCCCUGAUAAGAGGCCCUCCCUCAUGGAGAGCUCCACAGAGACUUUAACUGAAGAAGCCUGCAUCCGGCCCCCAUCCCCACCCCAGGUCCCAGCCAACCACACCCCAGAGCCCUGCGCCGAGGGCAGGAGCCAGCCGCCCUGCCCCAGGAGAGAGAACGGGCUGGCCGAGCCGUGGGCCUCCAGGACUUUAAACGGCGGCAGCAAGCGGCCCUCCCUCAGUGCCUUCCAGCCGGCCAGCGCCGAGCACAGCCUGUGCAACGGCGGCAGCCUGGACGGCGAGCCCAACUGGGCCCGGGUGAACGGGGAGCGCGCCCCCCUCAGCAGGCAGGUGUCCCAGGCCAGCUGCGGCUCGCUGACCCCCCACCCCCGGGGCUCCCAGCACCGCUGCCUCCACGCCCUGCUGGGGCGCCCCGCCUCCAGCCCCGAGCAGCCGGCCGGAGGGCGCAGCCUCCUGGACGACGACGGCCUCACCCUGCACACGGACGUCAUCCAACAGCGGCUGCGGCAGAUCGAGGCGGGCCACCAGAUGGAGGUGGAGACUCUGAGGAGGCAGGUGCAGGAGCUGUGGAGCCGCCUGGAGAGCCAGCACGGGGGCUCCCUGCGCCUCAACGGGGACAUGGGGGACGAGCUGACCUCGAUGACGGACUCGGAGUACAGCAUGGACCCCAACUGCAUGUCGCGCUGCAGCACCGAGCUGUUCUCCGAGGCCAGCUGGGAGCAGGUGGACAAGCAGGACGCUGAGGUGACCCGCUGGUACCCGGACCACUUGGCAGCCCAGUGCUACGGGUGUGAGAGUAGGUUCUGGCUGGCUGCCAGGAAACAUCACUGCAGUGGCAGAGAGCCUGUCCAAGAGGCCUGGAACUGUGGGAAUGUGUUCUGUGCCAGCUGCUGCGACCAGAAGAUCCCCGUGCCGAGCCAGCAGCUGUUUGAGCCCACCCGCGUGUGCAAGACCUGCUUCGGGAACCUCCAGCUCACCGCCGCUCCCGUGGAGCUGGAGCUGGAGACGCCCAUCCCAGCCAGCUCCGACUAGCCAGACCCCUCCUGGACUGGAGCAGAGCCCCUCCCCUCCCCCCCCCCCCCCACACACACACACACACACUCUGCUGGGGAGCAACAGAAUGUCCCAUGUACGCACGCGCGUGUGUUCUGAAAAUGAGGAUUUUCAUGUGUGUAUAUAUAUAUAUACAGUGGCGGAUGUUGCUCGUGGGCAGGUUUACCGUGUCGCCAAGAGACUUUUGAAUGGUGGAUAUGCACGGGAGGGAAUGGACAAGGUGGGACAGAACUGCGGGGAGAUGGGACUGCACCCCGAGGCACAGGAGGAGCGCUGGGCUGACGGGCUGCUCUGGCCAGGCAGGCACGAGGAGGGACAUCUACAACAGAACACUCAUUUGUUCAUCUAUGACAUAUUACAGAGAUUCUCUCCCCCCCCCCCCCCCCCCUAUACAUCCCCGUGUACCGUCGUGUCGAGUUGACGUUUCCUUUUCUGAUCGUUUGAGUUCAGGAGAGACGUUUUGGAGACGAGGAGUCGUCGCUCCUUCAUCAGACGUGGCCGGGACCAGAAGAGACCCUAGGGGAGUCUGUGAUUGAGAGAGUGUUGGGUUUAAAACGGCACUCAGAUGAUCGUCUUCUCCUGGCUUGUCUUACCAUUUGGCUCUUCCCAAACGCAACGCUACGCGAGAGGCCGAACAGGUGGACAUGGUGUCAGCUGGCGUUAUCUCUCCGCGCUACAGGACGCCUUGCCAGUUCCCAUCCGAGAGCUGGAGGAGGCUUCUGCCAGGGAGAGCCCUUCACUCCGAAUCAAGACUACCCCCCCUCGCCUGCGCUUGCCCCGCCGUCGUCUGUACAUUUCAUCAUGUUUGUUCGGUCUGUAAUAUCUAAGGUUUCAGUCAGAGGUGAUGCAAUGGUUGUUAUCCAGUCAUUAUGGGACAUGAACUCUCUACAGUUAAUACUCGGACUAAGUUUACAGUCGAGAACGGGGAUAGCUUCGAUUCUACACCGAUUUUGUCGAGCAUAACAUUCAAAUUUGUAAAGGGGAGGGGGGGGGGGGGGGUUGAAAUAUUGAAAUAUAAAUGUUAUGACACAUGUCCGUGGUUGACCCAAUGCCUCACCUCUGAUGUAUGUGCUGACCGAGAAGGAUUGAAUAUCAUACCGAGAUGUUUACUUCUGCGCUGGUGUUGAACCACAAGUGACACUAGAGGGUGCUGUUGGCUUGUUAGCUUAGCCUGCUCCUUAAGAAGCGUGUACUUCAAUCUCCCAAAGACGCCCUGCCCUCCCUUGCCCAAAGGCCCUUCACUGACAUCCUCGCAGACAAACAAUUUUGUAAAAUAAAUGAAUAAAGAAAUUAAAUAAUAUAUUCAGAUAAGUAUAUAGCAUUUAAAAAGUUGUAUAGAAUCCUUAAAUAGUGGCUCACUAAAUUAGUCACCAAAACGUUUUUUUUUUGGGGUUGUAUCUUUUCUUUGUUCCGUUGUUGAUCGCAGAGAAAGAACUAUAUUUACAUCCUAUUGAGAUCACAGGUGUGGAUAUUUUUUAAGGGGAACAGGUUGUCCUGUUUUAAUGCUGCAGUGGUUUUUCCCUUUUAAAUGCUAUCAGUUUUUUUCGUUAUUUAUUUACAUUGUCAAAUUGUUGUUCAAAUUGGGACAAUUCACUUGCCACAGGAUAAUCAGUGUUUAUUAGUAACUGCUCUGAAGGGCAAGUAAGAGAAGGCCCUUGUCAAUAAGAUGCCUAUGCACUUAGAUAACAGUGGUCCAAAACAAGCAAGCUGAGCCCAAACCGACCCCCUUUCCCCUCACACACACACACACACACUCCAUUGACACACACGCACACACUACCUCUACCAUGGACACAUACAAACAUACUCGUACACGCACAGAGACAGACGCUCACUGCGCUUGUAGUGGUUGAUCGAUUAUUGCGUUGCAGAUUUGCAUCAUCAAGAAUGGCCUUCGGAUAUUUCAGAAUUUGUGUUUUACAAGCAGUCAGCUGAAGUGUUAAAGGUACAACAUAAAAGCCUAGACUACGUUCAAGAUUGAUCCAGACUGCCAAUCUUUGAUUACUAAUCCAUAUUUUUUGUUAUCCUAGCAGUAGGCCUACACUAAACUCAAAAGAUUCACUUAGAUUCAGAUUCACGCUUCUAUAUUUUAGAGCCACUGUAUUUAGCUACAACACGGACAGCUAUGCAGGAACGGCAAUCCCUGUCAUUAGCCUGACUAUAUAGCAUUUAGCUUGUAUGUUUGACAGUUGGAAGUGGGCGAACCUCUGCUGCUGAUAACUAAGACCUUGAAGCGCCAAACAAGAUCUGAGCCCAAGUCCCUUUAGGGGUAGGGUGGUAGCUGGCCUGCUGUGACAUCACAGUCGAUGGUGAGAGGGCAAGCCCAGGACUGCUCCACCAUCACUGACGAGGGAUGCCCAUCUUGUCGAUCCAACAAUCCAUGAAUGUGAAUUUUAAAGGAAAGUGAUCCAUCAUUAUCAUUUUUACAAUUUGCACAGUACAGUAUAUCAAAGUAGACACUGCCUCACAAGUACAUCGAAAUAAAGUUGAAUAUGAAAGUCCAA